AUGGUUGAUGAGAUGAAACGAGCUCCCAAGAAGGGAGCCAAGAAAGCCUUAAACAAACCAGCAGCAAAGGGCAGCAAGAAACGGCGAAGGUUGAGGAAGGAGAUUUACUCCAUCUACAUCUACAAACGCAUCAAGGGUGAGGCUUCCCGCCUGGCCCAUUACAACAAGAGCAGCACCAUUAGCUCCCGGGAGAUACAGACCACCGUGUGCUUGCUGCUGCCUAGGGAGCUGGCCAGGCAUGCCAUGUCAGAAGGGACAAAGACAGUGACCAAGUACACCAGCUCUAAGUAA